UUGGGGCCGUCUGACUUCUUUCUUUGUGUUGCAGGUAAAGAGUACGUGGGGAUCGUUCGGCUGCACAACGCCAUAGAGAGUGAACAUGUGCUGGCCCGGGCCCUGGAGACGCUGACCGGCGCCCUGUUCCAGCGCCCGCCGCUCAUCGCCGCCGUCAAGCGCCAGCUGAGGGUCCGAACCAUCUACGAGAGCAAACUGAUCGAGUACGACCCGGAGAGGAGGCUGGGCAUCUUCUGGGUCAGCUGUGAGGCGGGCACCUACAUCCGGACGCUGUGCGUCCACAUGGGGCUGCUGCUGGGCGUGGGCGGUCAGAUGCAGGAGCUGAGGCGGGUCCGGUCCGGAGUCCUGGGGGAGAAGGACAACAUGGUGACCAUGCACGACGUCCUGGACGCCCAGUGGCAGUUUGACCACAACAAAGACGAAACCUACCUCAGGAGGGUCAUCUUCCCCCUGGAGAAGCUGCUGGUGUCCCACCGCCGGCUGGUGAUGAAGGACAGCGCCGUCAACGCCAUCUGCUACGGGGCCAAGAUCAUGCUGCCCGGCGUGCUCCGCUACGAGGACGGCAUCGAGAUCAACCAGGACAUCGUGGUCAUCACCACCAAAGGGGAGGCCAUCUGCACAGCUGUGGCCCUGAUGACCACUGCCGUCAUCUCCACCUGUGACCACGGAGUCGUGGCCAAAAUAAAGAGGGUGAUCAUGGAGCGAGACACCUAUCCUCGCAAGUGGGGUCUGGGACCAAAGGCGAGUCAAAAGAAGGCGAUGAUUCAGAAGGGACUUCUGGACAAACACGGCAAACCCAACGGCAGCACUCCUCAGGACUGGAAAGAGCACUACGUGGACUACAGGAAACGAGAGGCGGCGGAGAGCGACGGGGAGGCCCCACAGCCCGGCUCUCCAUCCGCAGAGGAGCUGAAGAAGGAGAAGAAGAAGAAGAAGAAAGAGAAAAAGGCCAAGCUGGAGGAGGAGGAGCAGGCAGAAGAGACGGCUGGAGAAAGUGUCAAGAAGAAGAAGAAGAAAAAACAGAAAGAUGAGGCUGAGUGA